GCUUGGCGGGGGCCGGGCUGCCCGAGAGCGUGAUUUGGGCCGUCAACGCGGGCGGGGAGGCGCAUGUGGACGUGCACGGGAUCCACUUCCGCAAGGACCCUUUGGAAGGCCGGGUGGGUCGAGCCUCUGACUAUGGCAUGAAACUGCCAAUCCUGCGUUCCAACCCCGAGGACCAGAUCCUGUAUCAAACGGAGCGGUACAACGAGGAGACCUUUGGCUACGAAGUGCCCAUCAAGGAGGAGGGGGACUAUGUGCUGGUGUUGAAAUUUGCCGAAGUCUACUUUGCACAGUCCCAGCAGAAGGUAUUUGAUGUGCGACUGAACGGCCACGUGGUGGUGAAGGACUUGGAUAUCUUUGAUCGCGUGGGGCACAGCACAGCUCAUGAUGAAAUCAUCCCGAUGAGCAUCAGGAAGGGGAAGCUGAGCGUCCAGGGGGAGGUGUCCACCUUCACCGGGAAGCUCUACAUCGAGUUCGUCAAGGGGUACUACGACAAUCCCAAGGUCUGUGCUCUCUACAUCAUGGCCGGGACCGUGGACGAUGUACCAAAGCUGCAGCCCCAUCCAGGACUGGAGAAGAAAGAGGAGGAGGAGGAGGAGGAGGAGUACGACGAAGGGUCUAAUCUCAAAAGACAGACCAACAAGAACCGGGUGCAGUCGGGCCCACGCACGCCCAACCCCUACGCCUCGGACAACAGCAGCCUCAUGUUUCCCAUCCUGGUGGCCUUCGGAGUCUUCAUUCCAACCCUCUUCUGCCUCUGCCGGUUGUGAGAACAAAGUACCGUCCUGAACAGGGUGGAGGGGUGUGGGAAAGAAACCAAACGCGUUUUGGGUUUCUGUAUUUUUCACAGUGAUUAACAAAAACAGACAAAGACAUACACACACACACAUAAACACACACACACACACACACACACACACACACACUUAAAGGAGAUGAAAAGAGGCAGAGUGAGGAGAGAGUGGCCCUCAUCCACCGCCUGGUUGCAGACCUGCUCGGGUCUUAGCUCUCUGUGUAGCAGUCUCCUGCUGCCUCUUCCUCUCUAGGGUACGUAGGGUAGACCGGCUCCUCCCUGGUCAGGGGUCCUUGUCUGUACACCCAGUGGAAAGGACUCUGGACUCAGAGCAGACACGGUUCCUUUUCUUUAGGUUAGAAAUUAACAGCAGGGCAAUGUCAUCUUCUUACCCGCAAAGACCAGUGCUGGGAGUUGGGUGUGUUCUGAAGUUUUGUCCAGAUAAGUUUUCAGAUGUCCUGGGAUUGAGAGUGGAGUGUGUGUGUGUGUUUGUGUAAAGGUGUGUAACUUGUAUGAUAAAUUUUAAGACAGAAGGGGGAUUAAAAACAAGAAAAGUAGGCGCCUCCUCACUUGGAAGCCUUUCUGGUUUUAACCCAGCGAUGGUUCCACCUUAAGUGUCGAGCUUUGUCGUUGCUCGUCUCCCUGACGCGUGCUAGUGAGAGGACUGUCUGGUAUCCGAGACAAUUAGUUUAUGUCAGGUCCUCAAGUUGCCUCUGACUUCUUACCGCAACCGAUCAUUUUGAUUUCGGUGCCUGUUGGGGACUUGAUUUCCUCUCUCUCUCUCUUCUUUUUUCUUUUUGUCUUAAUCUGGCUCAGUUGAAAUCUCUUUUCUCACUCAACCAUCCUGCUAAGUUAUUGCCAAGAAGGGAAGGAGACUCGGGGAUUUGGGGUUCCCUCUGCUUGAAUGUCUUACCCUCCACCACCUCACCUUACUGGUACCUCCCUCCCUGGAUCUCUGAGCCAGCAGCCAGGAGGACCUGACCCAGCAGUUCUUUUACUGGCCCCUCCGUAGGGUCUUGCUGCCAGGGGACAGGGAUGCUUUCCAGCCUGCAGCAACAGAACACUUGACCUUAAAAGUCUCUUCUAGUCUUUGGAUUAGAAAAGGCUUAUGUUAGCAUAACUUAAGAGCAACCUCAGAGACUUGAGCCCUACUAAGUGACUGACCACUGUUGAGAGUACCUAGUAUCUAACGUUCAUUUAUUCCCAUGCCCCUCUGCAUCACAGCCAACCGGUUUUGGUUUAUGCAGAGAGCUGCCCCCAGGAGCUAGACUGACUGUCUGUAUCUGGCCCAGUGAUGCCUCUCCCUGACCUUAAUGGUGUGCCCCCUGGUCCUCUCAUUUACCUGUCCAGGGCACAGCCAUGUUCUUGGGGUGACAGGGCUGAAAGAUUGCCAGUCAGCCGUAGUUCUGGCAGCUCUGAAGCCACCCUUAGCAUCUCGGUGUCUGUCUUGAAUUCCCUGAGAACAUCUCUGCAGGAAAUGAAGCUUCCUUGUUCCCUUCCUUUCUGGUCCCCGCCAUCCUUUUCCCAAGUAGGGUAGCAAUGAGGGAGGACCCCACUGAGCUACAAGGAAUUAUAUGGAUGGAAGGAUUAGCUUAUGCUUGGGCCAGAGCAGCCCAGAGUCUCAGGCCAGGCCCAUCUUUUUGAAAUGUGUUUGAUUUUGAGUUUUGUCUUUUUAAAUAUGUUUUCCAAGAACUCCAUAUAUUUGAACUGCUCAUUAUGUGACAAAGUAAAUAGCUCUUAGGCUCA